GUAAAUUCACUCAAGCAUCAUGAAGACUAUCGCAGUUCUCCUCACCGUUGUCGCCGCCGCCGCCGCUGUCGCCCUUGGGCCUUGCGCCUGUACCUUCGAUUACAGGCCAGUCUGUGGAUCUAAUGGUCGUACCUAUGGAAAUUUGUGCGUCUUGAAGUGCGAACAGCGCACAGAUUCAGCCCUCACUUUGGCCUACCAUGGAGAAUGCAAAACUGUAGUCGAAAAGAGAUCCGCAGAACCAUGCAGCUGUACCAGGGAAUACAGUCCAGUUUGCGGAAGCGACGCAGUCACAUACGACAAUUUGUGCCUGUUGAAAUGCGCCCGUGAAAGCGACGCCUCUGUAUUCUUGCUGUACGAAGGUGCUUGCAAGAAGAAUCAGAAACCAGUGGAAAUCUGCACUUUGGAGUACUUCCCAAUCUGCGGCUCCGACGGAAUCACCUAUGGUAACAAAUGCGGUUUUGACAUAGCCAGGCGCACCAAGAAAGACCUCUACAUCGUCAAAUACGGAGAAUGUUAAAUUGUUUAACCCAAAUGUAAUUUUAACUUGAAUAAAAAAAAAUUAGUACACACAUUAA